AUUUGCUGUGACAGUGUGUGACAGUUUCGUAGUUAGUCGUACAUACAGUUCGUAUGGACUCAAUUUAAUAAAUAUAUAUUUAUUAAAACAUUUAUAGGAUAUAAAUCAAUAUUGUAUACAGUUUCUGCUUGUGUGAAGAAGCCGGCGAGAUGGGUUCAUUAGAUUUAGAAGAAAUAAAGCAGAAGUAUGCAGAAGUAAGACGAUUGUUAGAUGAAAAGAGCACUCUGGAUUCUAAAAACGAACCUUAUAAGAGCAAGUAUGCUGCAAUUGAUAUAUUAAACGAAAUGCAGACUCGGCUUUCUGCAUUGUUGAAUUCUGAUCUCACCGAGGAACAACGAGAUUUGAUUCUACCAAUGCUGUCCACGGUUUGGUUAGAUUUAAGCGUCACGUCCAUUGCAACUGAAGAGCUUUCAGUUGGGGAAAAAUACCUUAUGAAUUGCCUUAACAUCUUGAAAGGAAAGGAAAACAGACCAGAUACUAUUUUACAAAUGCUGGGAGUACUCAAUGAACUGGGAGUACUUUGGUCAACACGGAAUGAACCUGAAAAAGCAAAGGAAUUUUUUGAACGUGCAGAACAAAUCUACAAUGAUUACUCAAAGGAUGAAAAUUAUCGACCUCCUAUUGGUAUGGCAGAAAUAUUUGAUGUAAGCACGGAUGAUCUCAGUUCUACGAAGAUGCUCCAGAAAUUGCACACCCUGACAAUCUAUUAUCUGGCACAAGUAUAUGGAAUGCUGAACGAGCAUCUUAAGUCUGCUGUCUAUUGUCACACAACUUUAUGCCAUCAAUUAGAAAGCGAUGACUUGGAUUACGUCGAUUGGGCUUUGAAUGCUGCAACACUGUCCCAAUUUUUUAUAGAAAGAAAUUGUUUUCACCAAGGAAGGCAUCAUUUGGCUGCAGCGUCGUACAUGCUCAGUGAAUAUAAAAAGAAGUUGGCAAAUUCCGCUGGAAAAAGUGAGGAAGAGAGUAAGGCACAGGAGGAAAAUUUCAAACACAGAAGUGCCGAUGUCGCAAGAUGUUGGGCUAAGUAUGGGAUAUUAUUACUGAGUAUGUCCAGAGACAAUCUUAUGCAAAAAGCAGAAAGUGAAUCGGACAUUGAUGAAAACCAAACAUCGGAUGAAAAUACUGAUUGCUUAAAAGACUUAAAGUUCUCGAGUUUGGAAAAAAAUUUAGAAUUUAUUUCUAGUCAAAUAACUGAUAAGUAUGUGUUAGAUUUUAAUGAUGCUAGAGCAGUAUUUUUGAACGUGCAAAAAUGGUUAGAUGAGGCUAAAGAAUAUUAUUCUCUGGAGGAUCACGCGUCUGAUCAUGUUCAGAUAAUUCAAGACAUGUCUUUAGCGUACAAGCAUUUGGCAUUUUUUGAGGAAAGCGAAGACCGACAGGCUAAGAUGCACAAACGUAGAUUGGACAUCCUGGAAAACCUUGUCGAACAGCUAAAUCCGCAAUAUUAUCAAUCUGCUUGUAGGCAAAUCUGGAUCGAGAUUGGAGAUAUAUACUCCGCUAUCUUGGAUAUUAAGCUGGAUCGAUUACGGGCUACCGAUCACCCUGCGCCUGCUGCAAUAAAUAAAGUAAACCAUCUAGCAAAAAGUGCCAUCAUGUAUUUCCAAAAGUUUAUAGACUCUUUGGUGGACUUUGAUGUAUCCGACUCAAAAAAAUUCCCUGACAACUUGGUACAUUUAGGAUUAUACUCAUAUUUCUACGUCGGCAUAUUGUACAGUAAAAUCAUAACACCCGACAAGCGUAUGCAAUUAGACAACAUUAAUCAUAGUUAUAAAGCUUAUAAAUUUGUAGCAGACUAUUGCAACCAACACCCAAGUGCUAUAGAACUGGUUAAAACAGAAUACAGUGUAUGCAAAGAUAUCGUGGAAUUACUUCCCAUAAAAAUUAAUAAAUUAAAGCAGGAAGUGGACGGUUAGAAAAAGGCAUUUCAUUGCUUUUGUUGAAAACAACUUGAUUUGUACAUUCUUUCAUAUAGGACUAUUAGAUAACUUCAUAGACUAAGGUGUAGAUAAAUAAUGAAAUAGCUAUAAUGCCUGUA